CAGAAACACAGACCAAAAAAAAAAGACUUAUAAAAACGAAGAAGACAAAGAAACCGGGGCACACAAGGGGAGGGAGAGACUGGUAGGAAGAGAUGAGAAACGGCAAAGGAAGACAGUAUUGUUACAGAGAGAUUUUGCCAUUUGCAGCGAUGGUAAUAGUGGAGUGUGCCAACGUGGGUAAUAGCACUCUGUUUAAAGCUGCCUCUGAUCAAGGAAUGAGCUUCAUGGUCUUCGUUGUCUACUCUUUCGGUUUAUGCAGUCUCGCUCUCAUACCCAUCGCCUUCAUUUUCCACAGGAAUACUCCGCUUCCUCGGUUCACUUUACCAGUCUUUGGUAGAGUUUGUCUUCUUGGCGUUCUUGGAUUUGCAGCUCAAAUGCUUGGUUGUAAGGGGCUUGAAUACGGUUCGCCUACUCUAUCUUAUGCUCUCAGCAAUCUCCUACCAGCUUUUACCUUCGCACUCGCCAUUAUCUUCAGAAUGGAAAAGCUGGACUUAAAAAGUUUUACCAGUCAGGCCAAAAUCCUAGGCACUUUGGUAUCUAUAUCAGGUGCACUCGUGGUGGUUCUGUACAAAGGUCUGCCAGUUAUAAGAACUUCUUCACAGUACCAAUCUCUUAAGCAGCCUGUGGGAUUAGUAUCAUCACAAUCAAAUUGGGCUCUAGGAGGCCUUCUCCUUGCCUUAGACUAUCUCGUAUUAUCCAUUUGGUACAUUGUUCAGACUCAGACGGUCAAGAUGUAUCCAGCAGAGUUUCUAGUUGUACUUUUCUACACUGCAGGUGUGACGAUUGUAUCUGCUCCAGUGUGUUUCUUUCUGGAGCCGGAUUUAAAAACUUGGAGUAUAUCGACAACAAUAAUGCUUAUCUCACUUUUAUAUGCUGCUAUCAUUGGUACAGGUUUUGGUACAGUUGUACACACCUGGGGCCUGAAAGUAAAAGGCCCCGUCUAUGUAGCAUUAUUUCGACCACUGUCGAUAGCCAUUGCUGCUUUCAUGGGUGUUGUUUUCCUUGGUGAUACGCUCUAUCUUGGAAGUGUGAUUGGAGCUAUACUGAUUUCCAUCGGAUUUUAUGUCGUCUCGUGGGGAAAAGCGCAAGAGGAAAUGAGUGAGGAUGGGGGAGUUCUCAGAAUUGAGUCAGCUGCCUCUGAAAAUGUCCCUCUAUUAGGAUGAAGUUGGUUAUGCAUAGAUAGUAGGUAAUAUUUCCUAAAUUACAAAUAAAAUUGGCAGUUAUACUUGAAGGUGGAAACUAGGCAAAUGGAACGGGAUGAUGAUGGAUUUUUAAAUUUCAUCCUCCCAUUUCCAUAGGGCUAGCAGCAGAGUGUUUGUAAAUAUAUGUAUUUGUUUGCUACUAGUCACUAGUGGCUCUGUAAGGAAAGCUAUAACCUAGAAGAAGGUCAUAGUGUUUCUUAAACACGGAUUUCAACUGCUCUUUUUUUCCUUUUAA